AUGCCGCCUCUCUCGGGUACCAACCACGAGGGCAUGGCCGACAACUUCGAGCGUCAGAACACCACCCAGCAUACCAACUUCGAACCCAGACAUGGGGGCAGCAGCGACGGACUUGGUGGCCUUCCCACUUUUGGUGAAGUGACGCACCGUCAAGGCCUUCGUACAUUCCCGGACAGCAGCAAUCAGCGUGGCAAUGGUGUUUUGCCAGUCGCUCCGAUGCAGCCAGGCUUCACUACAAUGAUCGAUCCAGCGAUCAGCGGCGGUAAAAAGCGGGAUCGUGACUCCCUGUUUGUGCCCGCGGACUAUGAUGAAGCUCAGGGAAACAAGAGGUUGCGGCUCAAUGGCCCCAAUACAGCCACCACCCUGACUCCGCCAACCCUCGACAAGAAAGGCAAAGUUCUCCCGUACGACCCAAAGUCCGAAGGUCGCCCUCAAUAUGCCAUGUUUCACCAGGACUUCCCGAAGACAGAGCGCUUGGCUUCUGCACUGUGCAAUGCAUUUCUUACGAAAUUCACCAAUGCGCAGUCACACGGCUUCUCCAACGACAGGAUCGAGAGAAUCUGUGAGGGCAUGAAGCGCAGGUGGAUUCGUCCGCAAGAACGCUACCCGACUGUGAAGCCUGUUGCUCUCCUUGGUCCCGCCGGUGUUGGAAAAUCUUCAGCCAUCAAUUCUCUUCUGCACGAGCGUGACGCCGCCUACGAGAACGGCUCUGCAGGCCGUGGCACAAAUCUGGUUCACCAGUUCUCUGCACCACCAGCUGACCAGGUUGCGAGAUACUGCGUUGCUGCUGUUUACAUGACAAUGAAAGAGCUCAGUACCUUUGUCCAGGACCACUGCGACAACAUCUUUGCGUAUCUGGAGAAGCAACAUGACGAUGAUGACGAAGACAUCGAUGCAUUCCAGGCUGCGUACGCGACUGCUAUUGCGGACUUUCGUGUGAUACUGUGCCACCACCCCCAAUUCGAGAACGAUGCAAACACCCACGACUACUUUGCUGCUCGUGCUAGCCAGCAAGAGCGCGCCCGGGACUGGCUCAUACACGAGCUAGACGCUGUGAAGAAGUCGAGGACCAUCAACGGUACCGAAUAUCACCCUGCUCACAACGUGAAGGAGCUGGCAGCAGCUCUCAGGCAAGUGUCGCGAGUGGCUACGAACGCAGACUCGAGGCCCCAUCCAUGGCCGAUCAUCAAAUUGGUGGGAAUUCACACGGAGAACGCGCUACUGGACGUGGGUAUUGUUCUUGCAGACACGCCAGGCGUUGACGACAAGAACCAGACAGUUGUCGGAGCGACAAAGAACUACCUCAAGAUAGCAGGUCAUGUCAUCGUCGUUGAAGAGUUCAGCCGUGUGAACACCAAGCAGACUCUGAACGCGAAUCUCAAGGAAGCUCUGCAGCGUGUUGAGCCGCACAAUAUCUGUCUUGUCAUCACUGGUAUCGACAAGCUAGGCGACAUGGGCGAGACCGAGCGCGAAGAGCUCGCAGACGACGACAAGGAGCAGAUAAAGCAGGCAGAAGAAGCGGUGGAGCUUCUCAACACGCAAGUGAGCGCAGCGCAGAGUACGGCGGAGCUCCUUCAUCUGCAGCAGAAGAUGGCGUUGGCAGAGAACAAGGUCACGCAGGCGGUGAUUGCCGUGAGAACCCGGGCGGCCGCGAGAGAGCUUAGGGAUCGCCUACGCAAGAUCGAGCGCUCGACGGAGGCCCCAGAUCUUUCAAUCUUUUUCGUCGCCAACAAGGACUACCGUAUGCAUCUGACGGGCUACGAUCCGAAGAAGCCACCGAUUCACGACGUCCAGGCGACAGGUAUCCCGGCGCUCCGUCAGCGGCUAUACGAGGUGCCCUCACGCGGGAAGUCGGACGUGCUACGCCGGAUCUGCACAUCCCGUCUUCCCAAGAUCUUCAAAGGCAUCAACGGUAUCCUGACGAAGUCACCACUCGAGGGGAAAGAGGCAGUGCGUAGGAAGCUCGACGUCCUGCUCGAAGAGCGGGUCGAGAUCGUUGACGUCCUUGUGAGCGAUCUGAAGCAGAGUUUUGAGGAUGGCAUUCUGGCAUUGAUGCGCGCCGAUAUGAAGCGGGCUCAAGGGAGCGCUGCGGCCCUAGCAGGAGGUUGGAGCCACUACAAGGCGAUGACAUUCGUGGCAUUCUGCCGUCGUGGUGGGCACUGGCGGACAGUCAAAGGAACGCCCAUGAUUUCCUGGAACGAACUCAUUCAGCGCAUCUACACUGGGAAAAUCGAUGGAGCCUUUGACGAGUUUGAGAAGAAUCUGCACUUUAUUGAGGCCAAUCUCGGAUCUAGAGUUGAAGCCAUGUUUGGCAAGCUCAAGACAGUUCUUGAGGAUCACGAAGAUUUCCAAGGCCGUCAAGGAGAUCUGGAGUACUUCGAGUACAUCAAGCACGUCUGUGAUGACGUUAUGGCAGACAUUGGCGGGUGGUUUGAGAACAUGCGCAGGCAGUUUGGGGCGAUCCGCAACGCCUUCGUGGAGGACUUGCCCGACUCGUACUCCGCCCAGAGCAUGAAGCCUACCUACGACCAGUGCCUCCUCAUCUCCAGACACAACAGCGAGCCGGUGAUGGGGCCCAGGGGAGGCAAGAAGAGCGGAGCUCACCCAGCACGAACCGAAGUCGUGCGGCAGAAGCUGACAGGCUCUGGCAACGAGCCCAGCGUCUUCUCGGAUAUCGUUCUCUUGGCCAAGCACGACUUCAAUGCAAAGAUCGACGCUUGGAAGGCCGAGACCUUCACUACGGCAUUCGAGGCGGCGGCCGAAGACAUCUGCAACGAAUUCGAGCAGCGUUUCGACGUACCAGAGGAGGACGUGGAAGAAGAGCAUCCUGAGACCGUGGAAUAUCUCAAGAAGGCUGUCAAGGAUGCUCUCACGGAGAUCAACGGCCCGCUCAAGGCGUACGUUGACAGCUGGGAUCGCUACGAGAAGUACGGGUACUGA